UCACGGGCAACCGUGACCUUGGUGUACGGAGAUAGGAUACCGAAGAAAGGAAGGUGGAGGAAGAGGAGACGUGCGCCAGCGGCAGCGCAGGGGGAGACAAAACCGGUGGCUAAACCGCCGGCAGCGACUCCGUCUGUUAGACCGCCCAACGCCGCUCACCCGAAGAAGAAGACGAAGAUGGAAGUGGCCCCGGCUCCAGUCAUUGCAGUCUCUUCAACGGAGGAUGAGGAGUUGAAGGAGUUCGACACAGCGAUCUGUGACACACCAUUCAACAGACCCGAUCCACCGCCCUUUACUUCAGGUUUUCCGGAUGUGUCGCCAAUUAAACCGGCGACACCCGUAGAGAACCAGGCCCGGAAGACGGCUGUGGUCAAGAGGAAGGCGACCACUCCUCCGAGUGCCACUCCAGCCAAGCCAAGUCGCCCUACUCAACCGCCGAAGCCAGAGAAACAACCAGAGGGACAAUGGACACUUCAGGCCAGCAAACUCCAUCCGCGGUUCCAACAGCUGAUGAAGAUCAAUCUCGAGGACGUGCGCCAGCUCAUUAGUGAGCCGAAACACAAGGCGUACCACCCGCUACCUACCGAGCCCGAUGAAGGGGACUUCGCCGUCCACCGAGUCCAGGUUGAUGUGGAUAUCAACGCAGUUUGCGUCACCAUUCGCCGGAGGGGAAGAUACAAUCAAGCGCUGCUACUCAAGGAAAUGGACAACCCGUCACUACACCGUGUCCUCAAAAUCAUUGCGGGGAGUGAAUACCGUCACAUCACCAAGAUACUAGCAGCCUCUCCCUACCGGCAUGAUCUUCCACAUCUGGACGCCACCGACUUCAUCGGCUCGCCGUAGACGCCAACCUCCUAACAACCUUUUCCUCCGUGGGUCAAACAUGACGUCACUGGGUGAUGUAUGACACGAGGAAUGGUUUGAUUUGUCUAGCUAGUGAGGAAUGUAGCAUCAUGACAUUUGCACCAGAG